ACAGGCAUGUUCUAGUUGGCAAUCACAGAGAUGCCUGGGUGUUUGGAGCGUUAGACCCCUCCAGUGGAACAGCAACUAUGUUGGAGGUCACCAGAGCAUUCGGCAAGCUCAAGAAGGCUGGUUGGUCUCCCAGACGGACCCUGAAGUUUUGCAGCUGGGGUGCAGAGGAAUAUGGAUAUCCAGGUUCUACAGAAUGGGUAGAGGAAAACAUGAAAUCACUGCUGACUCAAGCUGUGGCUUACUUAAACUGUGACACUGCUGUCAGAGGAAAUUAUUCUUUUAGAGGAAGGGCCUCCCCACUUUUGAAGGAGGCAAUGUUGUCUGCCACAAAGAAGGUCAAAGACCCACACAAUGCUGAUAUUACAGUACAUGACACUUGGGCAAAAUAUGAUCCAGCUGGAGGCACAUUAAAUGAGCCAAGGGUAAAUGUUCUUGGUGCUGGCAGUGACUUCACCCCCUUCAUCCAGCAUGUUGGAAUCCCUGUUACAGAUCAAACAUAUACCUACACUAGUGCAUGGAAAAUAUCUUCUUACCCUGUAUAUCAUUCGGUGUAUGAGACAUUCGAAAUCAUGGAGAAGUUUAUUGACCCAGAUUUCACCUGCCAUAAAGCAGUGGCACAGGUCUUGGCGGAACUGGCACGAAACUUGGCAGACUCCCUGCUGCUGCCUAUGAACCCUGCAGAUUAUGCUUCAGCUAUAGAAACAUUCGCCAAUGCUUCUCUUUCAAGUUUUCGAGGAAUUUUUACAAAGAAAGAUGGGAUAAGUUUUGAUGGUUUAUAUUCUGCAGUAAAAAACUUCACAAGUGCUGCAAAUGAAUUCUCAAAGAAGGUUGAAAAUGUGGACAAAAACAAUCCUCUUGCAAUACGUGAGAUCAAUGACCAAAUGUUGAUGUUGGAGAGAGCUUUCAUUGACCCCCAGGGUCUCCCAGGUAGACCUUUGUUCAGGCACAUCAUAUUUGCACCAAGCAGUAAGAACAUAUACGCAGCCAGCUCUUUCCCUGGUCUCAGUGACCUGAUGUAUGGACUGGACGAAAACGGACCAGAGGAACAGUGGGAGGAGGUGAAGAAACACCUAGCAGUUAUUGUCUACACAAUACAGGCAGCCGCCAAAACUCUCUCCUGAUUUAUGGGAUUGUCAAGGUGUGAUAAAAGUCUUCUUUGUGUAGAAUAGCACGUAAUGAUAAUGAGAAAAUGAGAUAAUGAGAAAAAUACUAGUAAAAGGAGAGUUGCAAUUCUGCUAUGGCACCUUAUUAUGGAUACGCGUAUCUGUUGUUAGUUCUGUUAUAGAUUUGUUUCAGUUCGAGUCCUACAUGACUGUCCAUGAUUGUUAAAACAUGAAAGACCAGAAAAGACCAGAAAAUGACUCAGAGAGGGCAAUGUAAUUUUUCAAAGUUACAAGUUUGGUCAAACUGUAGUAAUAAUUUCAGAGGUUGCUUUCAAUAAUUUUUUCUAUUGUCUAUAGAUUUCAUCCCCAGGCUAGUUAAAUUUGAAUGUGACUAGUAAUUUUUCUGAGGUCUGUUAAGUCUGAGUGACCAGUGGAUAAAAAGCUUUUGGAUGCAGAGUGUCAUAUGAAAGGAAUGCCAUCAAGAAGGAAAAAAUGACCAUUGACCACUUUUAAUAGUGCAGCAGUAAAAAGUGAGAGGUAUAUACACUGAGCAACAAUUAUAGAGCCUUCAGAUGAGCAGAUAUGUUAUUUGUAGAAAGAUGUUCAGAAUAAUAUUUUUAGCCCUCUGACAAUGAUUCUCUGUAAAUAAUAAAACUUCCUUUGGUCAUUUCUUA